AUGUUAAUUUGCAAUAGGUUUCAAUGCAGCGACCUUGCAUGCAAGAGACAUGGAGAGUACUUCUGCAGAACCCAUCAAAUGUGCACAUGCAAAGGCUGUGCUAGCAAUAUGCAUUUCAAAUGUGAACUCGUCAUCACCCAAGAUCUCACUGAUAUCAACAUCUAUGCGGUUGAGGUCAAAAGAUUUGUGGAGAGACUAUCCAAACUCACAGCCGAGAAUGGUCUUGGAGCAUACAACUCUCACAUUGACAACGAACUGAAAGAUUUAUAGGACAGCCUUGUUGAGAUCGAGAAGAAAAUAAAAGAUGCAAUUACUCAUGACCAUUACGAGCAAUUUGACACCCUUCAGUCUCAGAUCAAACAGAUCCAAAUCCAGAUGUCUGACAGCAUUAUCGUCAAAGAUAUUCUUUACUUUUCAACUCUCAGAGACACUACCAUGUACAGUCUGCCCAAGAUUGAUGACUACUUAUCAUCUCCUACCAGAAUUAAAAAGAAGAUUGACGCAGUAGUCAAAGAAAAUGCGGAGCUGAUGGAGAAGAAGCUUCUUUCUAAAUCUAAACAGAUCGAGCAACAGUGCAAGGCCGAGCUCACCGAAGAAUUCAAAGACGAGAUCAACAGUCUGGAAGAUUUCAAAACUCAGCUUGAAGAGGAUUUAAAGGUCAAACUAGAGGAGAUCAAGGAAUCUAAGCUACAACACGAUAAAGACCAGGAAGAAAUAUCCAAAUUGUGCGAAGAGGUAAAAGAAAGCCAAGGCCAACUUGAAGAAACAACAGAAGCCCUCAAUUACCAUCUUACAGAUAUUUGCAAAGACUUCGACCCUAAUUCUAAAGACCUCACUCUGGACAUGACUGAUGGCAAAUGCCAGAAACUAGUGAAGACCAUGGGAGACUUCAGAUAUCCCCUCGGAGACAUGAACGAAUUAAGUAUUGACCUUGUUGGCAAUAAGGAUGCUGCUCUCAAGACCUUUAUGACUAAUUCUUCCCUGUCUUCACUCAAGUCUUUUGUUUUUAAUGAUAGUUAUAAAGGAGCUUGGGAUGAAGAGGCUAGUGCAGUGAAAGUGAAAUACUACGUGGACGGACUGAAGAAGGUGCUUCCUCACGUAACGAAAGAAGUGUAUUUGAAUAGGAUCAUAGCUGAUGCUGAUGACCUUAGCCUGAUUGUGAAGUUAUCGUCCAAUGCUGAAAGGCUGACUGUUAGGCUUAGCAAAAUAUUAACUUCAGAUUCUCUUGACUUCACAUCCCCAACUCCAUCCAAGAUCACAUAUCUAAGUUUCUUUAACUGAGGACACGCAAAUUGGUCCAACCAAGAAUGGGAUAAAUACCCUGACAGAUUCGAAAAAAUCAUCAUUGCCAUCAAGAACUCCUCUCUCAAAGACUCCCUCAAGACCCUCAACCUUAAAGAAUGCAAAAUCUCAAUAUCCAAAGCUACUUCUCUUCUAUCCACCCACGGCCUGCCCCACAUCUCCGUCAUCCAAGAAGUCAACUGCCCAAUAUCCCUCUAAGUUCAGCUGCCA